AUGGCCCAAGGCUCCAUAGUUUACAAUGUGACAGACCAUGAUGGCUAUUGUUACAUAGGGUACUGCAAUGAUAGCUGUCAUGUAGUGCCUACACACCACCCAUGUAAUGUAACUGGGAAAGAGUGUGCUGAUGUAAAUCCUCCAAGAAAGGAUGGUGAAAGUUGGAAGGAAAGCAAGUGUCGUAUAGGAAGAUGUGAUAAUGGCAAGGUAACCUAUAGCCACAUACAAUGUCCAACUCAGAAGCCUAUAGUGUGCAAAAACAACUACCCUGCUAUUGAAGUGCAGGAUGAUGAUGGAUGCUGCUCCCACUAUGAAUGCCAGUGUGUCUGCUACGGUUGGGGAGACCCCCAUUAUGUCACCUUCGAUGGAACCUACUAUGAUUUUCAAGGCAACUGUUCUUACUGGCUGGUGAAAGAGAUCUCGUCCAAAUACAACUUCGGUGUUAUAAUAGAUAACUACUACUGUGGUGCAGCUGAUGGCUUGUCCUGUCCUAAGUCCAUCACUAUCUUCUACAAAAACUACAAGAUCUUUAUUACACAGACGGAUAUCAACGGCAUUUUUACAAACCAGAUUUCUGUGAAUGACAAGCCUGUAUGUGCUGCAUACCAGACUGGUGACUUCCGUGUCACCACCACCGGCAUUGAUACAGUGCUCGUCAUCCCUAGAAUCCAUGCCAAGAUUACUUUCUCAGGGCUCAUGUUCAGUAUCUACCUGCCCUAUAGUGAAUUCAGCAACAACACCCGGGGGCAGUGUGGUACAUGUAACAACAACCGGACAGAUGACUGUAUGUUGCCCAGUGGCAAAAUUGAUUCUUCAUGCUCAAAUGCACACGAGUGGCAUACUAACAACAGUAACUGUGAAGAUCACUUCCAGCCCACACCAGCCCCUCCACCUAAUCCCUGCAAUACAACCAUUUGUGAGGUCAUCAAAAGCAGUGUGUUUGAAGCUUGCCACAAGAUCAUUGAUUACAGUCCAUUUGUGAAGGCCUGUGAGUUUGAUGUGUGCCACAUGCACGUUAAUCACAGUUGCUGCACCAGCUUGCAAGCCUAUGCUGAGGCCUGUGCUGAGUCCGGAGUGUGUAUUGAUUGGAGGAGUGCCACCAAAGGACGCUGUGAAUAUAAAUGUCCAAGUCCCAAAGUGUACCAGGCCUGUGGCGUUAAUGUGGAGUCUACCUGUGAUUCCUGGUACAACCAGAAAUUCAUCUAUACCAUCAAUGAGUUCAGCAGGAUGACAAAUAUGAAGGUGGAGGGUUGCUACUGCCCGAAAGACACCGUCCUCCUCUCUUCCAACUCAAAUGAAUGUGUGCCCACCUGUGAAAUCUGUCGACUUGCAAAUGGAAAAUGGAAAAAGGCCAAUGAAACAUGGAUAGAAGGCUGUGAGGAGUGUAUAUGUGAGGAGGACACUCUGCAGGUCACCUGCCGUAGCAUGUCCUGUCCAACACACCCACCAAUCAGCUGUGACGAAGAAGGUCAGGUCAAAGUCACUGACACUGAUGGCUGCUGUCAAAAGGAGAAGUGUGAGUGUGAUGUGAAGCAAUGCCCUGGUAUGCCAUCCUGUUCUGCUGGUUAUUAUCUAAACACCACUAUGGGAGUCUGCUGUCACAAAUACUUCUGUGUGCCUAAAAAGGGUGUGUGUGUUUCCAACAACCACGAGUAUCAGGUUGGAGACCUGGUGCCCAUGAAGCCAUGUGAUAAGUGCAUUUGUAGUCACCAGAUAAAUGCCAACAGCAAUCUGCACACUAUAGAAUGUCAGCCCAUACCAUGUGACAUUCACUGCCCUCUGGGCUAUGAGUACCAGAUAGUCCCCGGCCAGUGCUGUGGGAAGUGUGUCCAAACAAGCUGUGUUGUCACGCUGUCGAACAAUUCAACACACACAUUACAGCCUGGCACCAUUUGGACUCCUUCUGGGGACCCCUGUGUGAGGUUUGAGUGUGUGAAGAACGGUAAUCAGUUCACCACAGUUGAUAUCAAGACCAUCUGUCCUCCCUAUGACCCUAAUGAAUGCAUACCGGGAACAGAGACCAUAACACCAGAUGGAUGCUGUCAUGCCUGUGUUCGGAAGAAUCAAUCAUGCAGUGUGUCCACCACUACUGUGUACCUGGAGAGCGAGGGCUGCCACUCCAAAGACCUGGUCAACGUCACAUCUUGUAGUGGAGCGUGUGGUACCUUCACCUUCUAUUCUACCAAAAUGAGAUCCUUGCAGCACACCUGCUCCUGCUGCCAGGAGUUGACCACAUCUGAGCGCCAGAUUCAGCUCUCCUGCCCAGACAACACAGAGGUCACAUACACUUACAUGCACAUCGAUUCCUGUGGGUGUCUCAAGACAGAGUGCUCUGUGUUUGGCCACAGUCAAAUGGCGACAACUCCCUCUAGUGUGAAGUCUCGUCGACGCAGGAGAUAAGGCAAAAGCCAAGACUAGCAUAUGUAUUGGUAACUUAAGUAAUGAGCAUUUAUAGGAUAGAAUUUAUGGGAGCAUCAUUGAAUAGACAUAAUUGUAUCAGUG